CCGCCUCUUCCUUUCCUCCAUAACCCUGCUCAGAUGUUCUGUUGCCAGCGCUGACCUGAAAUCCACACAGACGAAAAGACCUCAAGUUGCUUUAUAUUGACCUUCGUGGUGACGGGCGCACGAUGCAGAGAACUCGCUGUUUGGACCCUCCUCACGUCGUGGCUCUGGUGCCCAAUUCGGUAUGCGCUGUCCUGGCGCAUUAAUGAAGUUGGCCUCGUGGACAUCUGAUACACUCACAGUCACGGACACCUUCCAUAUCUGCUGUGUGAUAUGGCGGCUCUCUGGUCAAGAACGUCGGAGGCUAUGGGACUGCGCGUACUGGAUGACGUUGUUUUUUGUGGCCUCGCACUAUCUUUCAAUAGCCUCUCUCAUCUCCGUUUGCUUGAGCAUUGUCUGCACUGGCCAACCAGGAUGACGACCAUGCGUUUCUUUCGAGGUGCGUAUUAUUCUCGUCGCGAUCACAUUGUCGCAGUGCUUCCGCCCUACUGGAUGUCCUGGAUGGCUUUGACCCCCAUCGCCACGUUCGUAUAGCGGAAUCCACACUUCCUACCAACCACCGCUUUGUUGGCAGCAAUGGUCGAAUAUUCUACAGGGUAUAAAAUCGAGGCUUUACUGGACGAGGAUAGCAUCGUUCUCUUCAACUCCCACUCCAGCUACACCCCCCACCCUUCAACCCUCUCCUCCGCGUCCCAGGCAUGUCGCAGCCCCCGUAUAACUGUGUUAGCCCCCAGCAAGUGAUGUUGAACCCGAAUGGCGCCGGUAGUCCUGGUCAUUAUGCAAGGUUGCAAAAUCCUCCCCAACAUCCUUCCCUUCAGGCUGCAGUCGAUCAGUCCGAGAUGCCAGACACUUUUUACUCUGUAAACGCAAUCAGGUUACGGCAUCUGCCUCGUUCAAAUUUCCACACCCCCAAGCAUCAGACCAUCCCUGGAAUUAUAUUCAGCUCGAGAGGUUAUCCAGGCAUUCGCGUCAAGGACAUUCUUUUAGGGCAGGGGCGUGCUAUUGUUGACAGUCCCCACGAUUUUAUUUUCAAGGGACAUGGAUGGCGCACAACGACUUUAAAUCUUAAUUAUCCUGGCUACAACGAUCCCUUUCCUUGGAGAAUCGACACCGUUGACUCAGCUACUAAGACUCUUAUGACUCGUUUUCAACUUGUAGAGAAACUCUGUAUCCUUAUUCGGGCUUUCUGUAGCCAAGCUAGUAUUUGGCGCUGGACCGCUGGCCAUAACGCCGUGUACCUUUUCGGCCAGCUCCGCAAUCUGAAGUACCUUUUACUCUAUAUGGGUCAAUGGAGAACCCUUUUGUUGCGCGGGGUCAAUCUUUCUGGUUCCUCGAAGGCGCCUGUUGGAAGACCAUCAUACAUCUAUGAAGGCUUCUGGGACAUUGCGGAACAGGGGGGCGAGAGUUUCGUUGGUCGUCCUCUCAACCUUGAGGAUGGCUCCGCAGAUGUGCAUUUAGCGCGUCUAAGAGGAUGGGGUUUUAAUAUCAUCAGGUUUCCUGUUACUUGGGAGGCACUAGAGCAUGAGGGACCAGGAAAAUACGAUUACAAGUUUAUGGACUACAUUGUGCAAGUCCUCCGAAAAUGCAAGGAAUACGGAUUCAAAGUAUAUAUGAACCCACACCAGGAUACUUGGUCACGCUUCUCAGGUGGUUCAGGCGCUCCCUACUGGACACUUCCUGCUUGUGGCAUGAAUCCACGUAACUUUACUGCGACGCAAGCUGCCAUCCUUCACUGUGAAUAUCCGGCCACGCAGAAUCGUGACCCAGCUUCGCUCCCCGCCAUGAUUUGGUCUACGAACUACGGACGAUUAGCCUCGCAGACUCUCUUUGCUCUGUUCUUUGCUGGUAACACAUUCGCACCCAAUUGCAUCAUUGACGAUGUCAAUAUCGAAGAGUAUCUCCAAUCUCACUUUACAGAGGCAUUUGGUCGUCUUGCGGACCAUAUCAAGGAAGCAGGGGACCUUUAUGAAGAAGUGGUUAUCGGAUGGGACAGUAUGAACGAACCCUAUGAAGGGUUCAUAGGAUAUGAGGAUCUAAACAAAGUCCCAAUCAAGCAGGGGUCGACUUUGAAGAAAGGUACAUUCCCCUCUCCAGCUCAGUCUUUAAGGCUGGGUAUGGGCGAGGCUCAGACCGUAGACAGCUGGACUUUUGGUUCUUUUGGCCCUAGAAAGAAUGGCACGGUCACAAUCGACCCCAAAGGCAUCAAAAUGUGGGCAGACCCUGAGACUGAACCAGAUGGAAAACACCCCGUAUGGGGUUGGACGCGCAGUCCCAAGUGGAAACUUGGAGAUUGUAUCUGGGCACAGCAUGGUGUUUGGGAUGUUGAAGCUGGCUAUGUUCUUCUUCCCGAAUACUUCCGUUUCCUCCCACCAGGACCAGAUGGUACAAGCUUGGAGGUGCAGUUCCUCCGCGACUUUUGGGAGCCACAAUUUAGGCGUUAUGCUGAGCGCAUCCGGAAGGCACACCCUGAAGCAAUCUUGUUCGUUCAGCCUCCCGUCUUCGCUCGCCCGCCUCCUGUGAAUGAAGAGUUGCUUCGUGGACGUUGCUGCUAUUCAACACACUACUAUGAUGGUCUUACUCUCAUAACGCGACACUGGAAUUGGUUCAAUGCUGAUGCACUUGGGCUUUUGCGUGGAAAGUAUUCUUCUACUUUGCAGGCUGUAAAGAUCGGCGAGGGUGCCAUUCGCAAGUCGCUUCAAGAGCAACUUGGCAUUUUGAAGUCGGACGCAUUGGAUCUCGGUGCAGGCAACUACCCUACGAUCAUCGGUGAGAUUGGCACGCCAUUUGAUAUGGAUGCCAAGCGUGCGUAUGGGUAUACGAAUAACGGACGGUACAAGGGAGACUUCUCGAGCCAGGAAAAAGCACUGGAUGCCAGUAUGAACGCAGCGGAUGGACCCAACGUUUUGAAUUGGACGCUAUGGACAUACUGUCCCGAUAACAGUCACGAGUGGGGAGACGGGUGGAAUAUGGAGGACCUCAGUCUGUGGAGUGGAGAUGACCUACGUGAGGCACAGACAAGCCCGCAGAUGCGGACUGGCCCUGGUUCUGAAUCCAGGGCGGCGUUACUAAGAGCGCGUUCGGCGACCAUGCUAGGGUCCAUGACACCUCCUGCUGCGUCUUCGUUGUCAUUGCAAACGCUGCCCACUACAAACGACCUCUUGGGUGAUGCUGGAUCUACUAGCAAAAUUUCCCCGUUCCAUUGGGAGAACGCACACGAUUUCUUGAUGGAUGGUGCAAGAGCUGCUCGCGCGUUUUGUCGACCGUGGCCCACUGCGGUCGUUGGCCUGCCAACAGAUAUCCAGUUCAAUAUCUCAAAGGCCUAUUUCAAGCUCACCGUUCGCGUGCGGGCUGAGGACGUACCUGUUCCCCACACCAGACACGACAAUGCGUCUACCCUGUCAGGCGACCAUGUACAGAAGGAUAGAGCACCCACUGAAAUUUACAUCCCGCUCAUUCAUUAUGCUCAUAACAAAAGCCUUGGUGACCUCGUGGAGCAGAGUGACUCGCCAGAGAGCAGUGACGUGUCGAGUGGAGCACUGACUCCUAUUGAAGACUCGCGCAACCCUUCAUCGUUGAACUUGUCGCUACCCUCUUCGCAUGCAUCGACCCUUGUGCCAGGUACCACACUGGACCUUGAAGUGACCGUCAGUGAGGGAAUAUGGGAUGUCGAAGGGCAGACGUUGAAAUGGUGGUACCAACCUCCCGAGCCAGGGGGAGCUGACAAGGAGCUGACUAUUGAGGUGAAGCGGGGCAGUGGACCCAUCAAAUUGAGUACUGAGCCGAGCAGUUGCCCGUCUUUGUUUGGUCUGGAUAGCUUGUGUCCGCCCGAGAUAUGUCGCAUCAUGUAAUGAAGUGGGGCUAUAUGGUUUUUCUAUUAUUCGUUGCUAUAAUAUCUAGUUUGUCGACUGUCUGUCUGUGGACAAUUAUGCAUUGUAAUUAUAUAUUCCAUCCAUGUUCGGUAACUCUAGCAUAACAUAAAGAACCGUAUACCUUCUAGAUAGACGACGAUAAAUAUUCAGGAGCUGGAUCUUUCAUGUUCAAAA